AUGAUGUUAGAGAAGAUAGGCACCCUUCAGCAAGCAGCCAGAAGUGCGACGCAGGCAUUUUCUGGGAGAUGCCUGGCUCACAGUUGCCGGGAUACUGCCUUCACAGUCGCAUGCCGCCGCAGCAUUGCCGUGCCGUUGAUCCACCAGCGGGCAAUCCAUCACACCAGACAACCUCUCAGUGCUCAGGCUACUGUCUUCCAGUCGAAGCCUCAGAGCGGAAACCAACAUGAUUCGUCCAACCCUGCCAUGUCAUUCCCAUGCCUAGAUGCUCUAGAGGCCAAAUCUGCUGCUCUGUCCCGGAGAUCGUUAGCUUCCGGGCCGGAACCAUCAUAUACAGUCGGAAAGCAUGAGCUUUUUACUUCUAAGCAAGAUAUCCUACUGGAUUGGGGCGGAAUGCUGCCCGAGUUUGAUAUUGCCUAUGAAACAUGGGGGACAUUGAAUGCGGACAAGAGCAAUGCUAUACUCCUCCACACCGGCUUGUCAGCUUCAAGUCAUGCGCACAGCACCAAGACAAACCCGCAGCCUGGGUGGUGGGAAAAAUUCAUCGGGCCAGGAGCUCCCUUGGAUACGGACAAGCAUUUUAUCAUUUGCACGAAUGUGAUCGGGGGCUGUUAUGGAAGCACAGGCCCUUCAUCAAUUGACCCGUCGGACGGCAAACGGUACGCCACCAGGUUCCCUAUCUUGACUCUGAACGACAUGGUUCGAGCACAGUUUCGGUUGUUAGACCAUCUGGGGAUUUCGAAGCUAUAUGCCUCUGUUGGUGCUAGUAUGGGUGGAAUGCAGAGCUUGGCCGCUGGGAUACUAUUUCCUGAGAGAGUGAGGCAGAUAGUCAGCAUCAGCGGAUGUGCCAGGAGCCAUCCUUAUAGCAUUGCUAUGCGUCACACUCAACGCCAAGUCCUCAUGAUGGACCCCAACUGGGCGAGGGGAUUCUACUACGAUUCAAUCCCACCCCAUUCGGGUAUGAAGUUGGCUCGAGAGAUUGCUACGGUCACCUAUCGUAGUGGACCAGAGUGGGAGAAACGAUUUGGCAGAAAGCGAGCAGACUCAAGCAAGAACCCAGCAUUAUGUCCUGAUUUCUUAAUUGAGACGUAUCUCGACCAUGCGGGCGAGAAAUUUUCGCUUGAGUACGAUUCGAACAGUCUUCUAUAUAUUUCUAAGGCCAUGGACCUUUUCGACUUGGGGAUAUCACAGCAACAAGCUACGCUUCUACGUCGACUGGAGAAUGAGAAAAGGAUUUCCUCACGCGGGAAGAUGUCUCCUCAGGAUAAUGCGUCCUGUAGUCUAACUCUACCCUCAAAGCCGUACGAAGAACAACCAGCCACAGGUGACAGUGCGCAGGGUUCGGGUAGCCCUUCUUCAGCUACAAAAUCUGAAUCUGCCUCCUCAGGUCCUCCCAUGGAUCUAGUUAACGGGCUCUCCUCGCUAAAGAAUCACCCUAUACUCGUCAUGGGGGUAGCGAGUGAUAUUCUCUUCCCUGCCUGGCAGCAGCGAGAAAUCGCGGACUCACUCCAGGCUGCUGGUAGUAAGGCUGUCAAGCACGUCGAGUUAAGUGAAGAUGUAUCCCACUUCGGACACGACACUUUCCUCUUGGAUUUGAAGAAUAUUGGAGGCCCUGUGAAGGAGUUUCUUGCAUGA